AUGUCGACUGGGAUUUCAGACCAUGCGCAGCUCGAUUCUGUCUUUCCCACGCAGCCACGCCAACAUUCUCACAGCCCGGAGUCCGCUCCGCAGCCCAUCUCUCCGAUGAGUGGAAUCGCUCAGACGAAAUCGUCCAUUGCUGGCGGCGCCAGUAGCCAGAUCACAUACAAUGCUGGGGUCGACUCACAAAAAAGCGGCGGGGCCGUGAAGACGAGGAGUGUCGACUACAUCUUGCGAAGCGGUCUCGCUGGAGGGUUAGCGGGCUGUGCGGCCAAAACCGUCGUGGCUCCCCUCGAUCGAGUAAAAAUCCUCUUCCAAGCCUCAAAUCCGCAGUUUGCCAAAUAUACCGGCAGUUGGACUGGCCUUGCUGCUGCCAUUCGUGACAUUAAGCGCUAUGAAGGCGCCCGCGGCCUGUUCAAAGGCCAUUCCGCAACUCUACUCCGUAUCUUCCCCUAUGCCGCUAUCAAGUUCCUCGCCUAUGAACAGAUUCGUGCCUUUAUGAUUCCCUCCCACGAUAAAGAGACCGCGAUCCGCCGCCUGAUUUCGGGCAGUUUGGCAGGCAUCACCUCGGUGUUUUUCACAUAUCCCCUCGAACUCGUGCGAGUACGAUUAGCAUUCGAAACGAAACAGUCGUCUCGCUCCUCCUUGACCGACAUCUGUCGUCAAAUCUAUAACGAGCGUGUUUUGCCACCCACGACAGGCGCUGCGACCAGCACAGCUUCGGCAACCGCCGCUACGGCGGAGACGGUCGCGUCGACCGUCAACCAGGCAGUGCCUCGCUCAGGCGUCGCUAACUUCUACCGCGGCUUUGGCCCAACAAUUCUUGGCAUGCUGCCCUACGCCGGCGUGUCCUUCCUCACCCACGACACAGUAGGCGACUGGCUCCGCAGUCCCGCUGUAGCACAGUACACGACAAUUCCAGCCUCAGAAUCCAAACCGAAGAAAGGAUCUCGCCAGCCCCAACUGACUGCCGCUGCUGAGCUCUUCUCGGGCGCAGUGGCCGGUGUUGUCUCACAAACUUCUUCAUACCCGCUUGAAGUGAUCCGGCGGCGGAUGCAGGUCGGCGGCGCAGUUGGUGGCGGCCAAAGACUCGGCAUCAUCGAGACUGGCCGCAAAAUCUGGCUUGAACGAGGUUUCCGUGGUUUCUGGGUUGGUUUGACGAUUGGAUAUAUUAAGGUCGUGCCCAUGGCCGCAACCGCCUUCUUUGUCUAUGAGCGGUUGAAGUGGUCCUUGGGGAUUUAG